AUGCGUAGCAAGCAGAGCUCAGAGGGACCACACGGCCCAGGACUUGCUUACCUCAGCUUUUACGAGUCUCCACCGCUACGUUCACGCCUCGCUGUAGCAUCUGAACCCCAACCAGUGAUCCUCCGUGUUCAGGUGCGUUUCUCCGGACUCCUGCCUACUGGUUUGUGUGUCUGGCAGGGAGGGGGGGAGGCAGGGAAAGGAGGGGGGGGGGGGGGGGGGAAGUUUAUCGAUUUUUGCGUGGAUGAGGUCAUGUGGCUGGGUGUGGUGAGGCCCACAGAGGCUGCAGAAGAGAAGGAAGAAGAAGGAAAACUGCCUCAGGACUGGGUCUGA